AUUGAGCCGACAGUAUAUAUACAAAUGCUCCUCCUGCUUUGCUCGCAUUCCAUUCAUUAGUUCACUUCUGAAAGCAGCUCCAAACCAAAGCAAGAAAGUUCAUAAUUAAAUCAAAAUGAGUUGUUGCUUAUGCUCUUUGUUGUGCCCAAGUGUACUGUGGGCGGCUAUUAUCGGCGGGGCUAUAUAUUUCCUAAAGAUUUAUAUGCAAGGUGGCCAAUUCAAAAAGGACACCGAUGAGACGGGCAAGGUUUUCAUUGUGACUGGAGCCAACACAGGCAUCGGCAAGGAGACGGUUCGUGAGAUAGCCAAACGCGGGGGAACAGUUUACAUGGCGUGUCGGGACAUGAACCGGUGUGAACGGGCCCGUCUGGAAAUCGUUGCGGAGACGAACAAUAAAAACAUUUUCUCCCGAGUCUUGGAUUUGAGUUCGCUGGACUCCAUCCGGGAAUUUGUUGCUGGAUUCAAGAAGGAGCAGGACAAACUCCAUGUCCUCGUCAACAAUGCUGGGGUCAUGCGCUGUCCCAAAACAUUGACGAAGGAUGGCUUUGAACUGCAGCUAGGCGUGAAUCACAUGGGACACUUUCUGCUCACAAAUUUGCUGCUGGACGUACUGAAGAAAUCUGCCCCAAGUCGUAUUGUUGUCGUUUCUAGCUUGGCACACACGCGUGGUGCCAUCAACGUAGACGACUUGAAUAGCGAAAAGUCUUACAGUGAGGCCGACGCCUAUAGCCAGAGCAAAUUGGCCAACGUCCUCUUCACCCGCGAGCUGGCCAAACGUUUGGAGGGCACUCGAGUCACUGUGAAUGCCCUGCAUCCUGGUGUUGUGGACACCGAACUGGCUAGAAAUUGGGCCUUCUUUCAGACCAAUUUUGUAAAGUACUUCCUGAAGCAUAUACUUUGGCCAGUCCUGAAGACUCCCAAGAGUGGAGCACAGACUUCCAUUUAUGCAGCAUUGGACCGUGAUUUGGAUGGAGUUACAGGCAUGUACUUUAGCGACUGUAAGCCUAAGGAUGUGGCCCCUGCUGCCAAGGACGACAAAACUGGAAAAUUCCUGUGGGAAGAGAGCGAGAAAUGGACGGGCCUAGUGUCGUCCAAGUAGGAUUAAAACAAGCGGUUUAUUUCACGGUUCACGCACAGUAUUUGCAUACUGUAAUACUAGGUGCACUUUCAAGGAUUACAUUAGUUCAAUAAAUACGAUUUGCUCAGCAUU